AUGGGGGAGGGCAGACCUGAGUGUCCUGGGAACCCCUGGGACCCGUUCAAGAGCAAAUUCUGGUUCAUUUGGGGGGAGCCCAAGCAAGCCCCGCCCCUUGAGGCAGAGUCCGGUUAUGGGACCAGAUCAGGACAGAUCCAGGGCACAGCCUUUGGGGACUUCUCCGUCUGCUUCUGUCCAGCGUCAUGGAAGGGUUGCCCGGCUGCCUGCCCUAGUCUUCGGGGCUGUGGUACAAAUAGCCACAGUGUGGCAGCCUCCCCUGAGCGGCAUGGACUCUCUGCCAGUGCUGGAGGCCCAAGUUCAGAUCAGUGUCAUGAGAUGCUUAGGAAGAGCCAAGUGGAGGUCUGGCAGCUGUCUGCCCUGGGCAGGGAGCAGCGAUGCUGGCAGAGGACGAUGCGCUCGGCCUGGGUCCAGCUUUCUGGCAGUGUCCAGAAACUCAAACACGACCUCGGGGAGCUCCGUUCUGUGUCUCUGAUGCUGCUGAGAGACCUACAGGUGCGAGCUCAGGACUGGGUGUCUGAGGUGGCGACCGCAGCAUGUGACCCGCUGCUCUGCAGUGAGACCCUACAGGGUAAGGGGACGGGCCCUGAGACCCCGGAGACCAUCUUGGUGGAGUGUAGCCAUCCUGGUCGCCCUGUGCUGAACAAGACAUUCACGUAUGAAAGAGUGUAUGGCCCAGCUGAGGGGCAGGACGCCGUGUUCCAGGAUGUGCGCCCCCUGCUCACAUCUUUCUUGGACGGGUACAAUGUGUGCAUCAUGGCGUACGGACAGACAGGAGGUGGGAAGAGCUACACCAUGCUGGGCCCACAGUCUAAGGACGAGGUUGCUCUGCCUUCAGAAGCCAGAAAGGAUUUGGGAGUUGUCCCCAGAGCUGCUGAAGAACUCUUCAGGCUGAUUUCAGAAAACCCUUCUCAGGGCCCAGAGGUCCAAGUCUCCAUUGUGGAAGUUUACAAUAAUGAGAUUUUUGACCUUCUGGCAAAAGACCAUUCUCCUGUGGCACCUGGCACGAAGCGUGAGGGGAAGAGGGAGUUGACUCUGGCCAGGCAAGAAUUGGUGGGCAGUGCUUCAGAAUUCAUGAGGCUCGUGGAUGGGAGUCUGCAGCUCCGAGUGCGACACCCCACGCUUGUGCACGCAGAUUCGUCCAGGUCUCACCUGAUAAUAGCCGUGACUCUGCCCACGGCCACCUCUCUGGACAGCAGCAGGCCCAGGCUCAGAGAGAAACAGCAGGCUCCCCAUCCUGCCUCAGCUCCAAGGGUGGGUUCCGGGGACUCCCCAGCUCACCUACAGCAGGUGCCUGCCUAUCUGCAGCUUGUGGACCUGGCGGGUAGUGAGUGCAUUGGCGUGUCCGGUGUUACAGGACAGGCCAUGCGAGAGGCUGCAUACAUCAACCGGAGCCUGGCCGCCCUCGAGGACGUCCUGGGAGCACUACGGGAGCGCAGGGGCCACGUCCCCUACCGCAACAGCAAGCUCACCCACCUCCUGCAGGACUCCAUCGGAGGCGAUGCCAAACUGCUGGUGGUCCUGUGCGUGUCCCCCUGUCGGGAGCAGCUGGCACCCACGCUGCAGACUCUGGGCUUCGGGGCGCGGGCCCGGCAGGUCCAGCGGGGCCCCCAGGGAGCCCGCGUGAGGCCUCGCUACCUCUCCUGUUGGAGGCUGCCCUCACUGAACUGGGAACACCUUGAGAGCUCUUGGUUCCACUCGGGCCUGCACUCCCAGGACAGAGGCCAGGAAGUGACCACAUCUCUGUGGACACAACUCAGCGUGUCGCUGUCUAAAGGCAUUUUUCUGUUUAACAGCUGCCACCAGCCUAGGGCCCCCUUCCCCGCAGACCUCAAGGGAGGUUCCAUCAGCCCCGGGAGACCUACAACCGGGCAGGCAGACUGCUGCUGGCCUCUGGGUCUGGUCUUCCAAUGGCUGCCCAGCUUGCCACAGGCCUCCCCAUCGUUCCUGGAAGGCCUGCAGGACUUUACCAAGUCCCGAUCCUCUCCAUGCCUCAGGUCUGACCCUCCCCUUCCUUUGGGUGUGGUCCGGACCGGACCUGCUUUGACCUCACCCUUCUCUCAGGAAGAGGAGUUGCUGGAACCUCGGCCGGCCGGCUCAGUUCCACUAUUAGUCCCCCACGUGGCACGGUGGCCUCAGGAAGGCCAGGAAGAACCACAGCCAGGCCUUGUUCUGCAAAUGGCUUUGGAUGCAACUGUGGGGCCUACUGUGUGA